AUGGCGCGUACCAAGCAGACAGCCCGAAAAUCGACUGGUGGCAAGGCCCCUCGCAAGCAACUCGCCACGAAGGCCGCGCGCAAAUCAGCCCCAACAGCUGGUGGUGUGAAGAAGCCUCACCGCUACAAGCCCGGUACUGUUGCCCUCCGUGAAAUUCGCCGCUACCAAAAGAGUACGGAGCUCUUGAUUCGUAAGCUGCCAUUCCAGCGCCUUGUUCGUGAGAUUGCACAGGACUUCAAGACGGAUCUUCGCUUCCAGUCAUCCGCUAUUGGUGCGCUCCAGGAAGCUAGCGAGGCUUAUCUUGUCUCCUUGUUUGAAGACACCAACUUGGCCGCAAUUCACGCCAAGCGCGUGACAAUUCAACCAAAGGAUAUUGCGCUUGCGCGCCGUCUACGCGGCGAGCGCUCCUGA